GCCAUGGGCGCCAAGCAGAGCGGCCCGGCCGCCGCUAACGGCCGCACCCGCGCGUACUCGGGCUCCGACGUACCUUCCGGCAGCGGCGGCGGCGGCGGCGCCAAUGGGACCGCGGGCGGCGGCGGGGCGCGGGCCGCGGCCGCCGGGAGGCUCCCGGCUCCGGGGCCGGGCGCGCACCAGCCCGGCGCCUCGGGCGGCGCCGCGGCGGCCCCGGCGGCCUCGCGCAGCCGCUCUCUCGGCGGGGCCGGGGGCGCCGGGGCGCCGGGGGCCCGCGCCGCGCAGUCCUCCCUCAGCAUCCCCCACAGCAGCGGCGGCCAGUACGGCUCGCAGGACUCGGUGCACAGCAGCCCGGAGGACGGCGGCGGCGGCGGCAGGGACCGGCCGGCGGGCGGGGGCCCCGGCGGGCCGCGCCUGGUCAUCGGCUCACUCCCGGCUCACCUCUCGCCGCACUUGUUUGGAGGAUUUAAGUGCCCUGUAUGCUCAAAAUUUAUACCCUCAGAUGAAAUGGAUUUACAUCUUGUGAUGUGUUUAACAAAGCCAAGAAUAACCUAUAAUGAGGAUGUCCUGAGUAAAGACACUGGGGAAUGUGCGAUCUGCCUGGAAGACCUGCAGCAGGGGGACACGAUAGCACGGCUGCCUUGUCUGUGCAUCUACCAUAAAGGCUGCAUAGAUGAAUGGUUUGAAGUAAAUAGAUCUUGUCCUGAGCACCCUUCAGAUUAAGCAUCAGCUUCCUGUUUUAUAGGUUUUCUUCUCUUCUCAAGAUGCUUAAAAAAACAAGAGGAAAUGGGGAUCUGUCUCUGGAAAAACAAAAAAUGCAGGCAUACUCAGCCAAAAUCUGAGUUCUGUGCAACUCAGUUGAUGCAGAGGUGGACAAUCAUAUAGGGAAAAACCCUGCUGGAGGGAGGACAUUUGCCACAGAACUCAGUGCACCAAACAUGACAUAAGGACUCACAGGGAUUUUGAAAAUGCUGCACAUCCCUUACUAGUCAUCUACAUCGGUAAUGCUGAUAAACAUUUUGUAUGCAGACGCCAAAGUUAACUGAUUUAAAAGUUGAUUUACUUUUUAUUAAGUUCUCUAGAGCCGCGCAACUAGUGUUUUGAUUUGUUGUGUUUUUUAGUUUGGGGGUCUUUUUAUUUUCUCCAACAUGAUGUUUCUGCAUUCAUCUAUUUUUAAGUUGAAGACCACAUACUUUUCUUCCUAUAAAUUAAAGUUUUAAAUGUGAAACCAAGAAAUGUAAUCAAGCAGUGAAACAUUCUCUGAAUGUAGACCAUGAUCUCAAGUUCUAAUAUUUCCCCCCAAAAAAGUGGAAAAUAGACUUCUACAUAGGAAAGCUAAAAUACUUAAACAUUUUAAAUUAAAAGUUUAAUGUUAACAGAAUGCAGUCCAAAGAGUAAAUCAGGUUACAUAAUUACAUUUUAAUGAAUUAAAUAUUGGAUUGUCUACUGAAUUGUAAUUUCUUAAGUAUAUUCUCUCCUCUUAAAUAAAACUGCUCGACAGCCAAUCAGCAAUGAAUCAUCUUGCAGCUAUGCAAUUUAAAAAAAAUACAAAUUAUCAGUUUUAAGUGCUGCCAACUGCAGUAAUGUUGUUUUAACGGGUAUUUUCAUUUGUUCUUUUCAUGUAAUUAUUUAAUUGUGCUUUGCAUCUCCAGGCAGUUUUCCCACAUUUGGGUAAAAUGUUUUAGCAGGUUGUAAGCUUCAUAACUUAUGAAAAGAGUAAAAUAAAAUUUUCUUGAGUGGAACUUGGAAUAAUUUGAGGGACUUUUAUAUACUUUUAAAAAUCAGAAAUCAAUUAGGAUGUCAGAUUUAUAGCAGUAUGCAUCUUUAAUUUUCCAGAUAAUCUGGAAGUUAGUGUUUGAUAAAUGAUUUUUAAAGCAAAUAUGAAGAUUUUGUUAAUUUAUAAUUUAUUAGUGUGUUGUUGCUGUAAUUGAAAAUGUUAUAGAACAUUUAAAUUCAGUUUUGUGUAGAAAGAAAUGUGUUAAACAAAAUUAUGUGAAUAAAUAUUCCCACAAAAUACAUCUGAAUGGUUAAAAAACACUGGGAGAGAGUUAUUAGGGCUGCAAUAUGGAAAUAUCCUAUUUUUCCUUUUUUUGUGUUUGAAUAUCAGAAAUCCCAAUAAGUAGAUUGCUAUUUUCAACCUGGGGAAAUGUUAUCAGUGAGCAUUUAAGCAGUGCACUUCUCUCGGCAUAAGUGAAAGUUGCACAGAAACAUUUUCUUGUCUUAAGCCUUCUUUCAUGUAUUUAAGUAUUUGUUUUUCUAUUUAAUGCUACUAUUCUUUAUUCUCUUUUUUCCUCUCUAUUGCUUCUGUUUCUUUCUCGUGUGUGUGUAUGAGUGUGUGUGUGUGUGUGUGUGUGUUUUGUUUUUGUUUUCUUAAAGGGCAUGUACAGGAGCAACUGCUGCUACCCAGCAAAUUUGUGUAUUAUAAACAAUUAAAAGAGUUUUUUAUUGCUUUCUGUGUGAUUUUGGACCAGAUAACAUUUUCCCUAAGUUAUACUGUGAAAUGCCUUUGUUAUGCUGUACUUGAUAAAAGAAGCCCAAACCUCCAGUGUGACAGCUGACAGCACAGUUUCAUAGGUGCUUUCUGAAUCAGUUUUGGAAAAUAAUUUUUUCCUCAAGGGAGAUAUUCUUAAAUUUUUUCUGUUAUCAUGAAAUCUUAAUAUGAAUCUAUUCCACAUUUUCAAUUUUGUGAGUUUUCACACACACAUACCGCAGGAAAAACCUCUUAUAAUGUGAAUAAUUCAUUUUUUUCUACCUCUGGUAUAAUGUUACUUAGUUUUCUUCCAUUCUGGAAGGAACGAGUUUACUGUGGCAGUGGUGGCUCACUGCUAGAGCUCUUCUGGAAGUUGACUUUCCGAUGUGAUUUGCUCACUGACUUUUAGAGCGUGUCGGCCUAGGCUCCCCUCGGUUCCCCUUGGUUCUCCUCUGCGCUGAUCCUGGGCCGCGUCUCCGUCUUUCUCUGUGAGGUCUGCUGCGGCUGCUCCGCGUCUGUUAGUGUCAAGUGCGACUUGUCACAGCGUUUGUCUGGAACGUUAUUAACUUGUUUAUAGCAGUCCUUUUUUAAUUAAAACUUAAAAAAGUUAAAAAAAAUUUACUUUAAAUUCAGUCUCCAUCAAUAAGUUCCUAAAAAGAACUGAGAAAUUGAAAAGAAAAUGCUUUUCAAGCCCCCGAUGCUCUAGUUUUUAUUCAAUGUUGCUCUUCUGGAAGAUGUUAUAAGUAAUAUUCUACAUAAUGCCACAUAAUAUUUAUAACUUGUAUGCAGACACUGAAUAGUGUAAGUAGGACAUAAAAUGACAUUAGAUAUUUAAAUGUGUAGCUCAAAGUACUGGCAGCUGAAUAUUAUGGAGACAAAAUAAAGAUUGAAAACCUAAGUUGUCAAGUUGGUGAUAGCUUUCUAGAAUCUUUGUAAAUACUUAUUUUCAAAUAAGAUCACACUUGCAAAUAUAGGAAGCAGUAUGUUUUGAAAUUUCACUCACUGGCACCUUCUUCAUAAUGGAUUUAACUGCCAGUUUUGACUCUGUCUUACUGAGAUCUGACUGCCCCCCCCCCCCCCCCCCAAGGAUGUGUAAGAGCAGAAUUACUGUCUGACUUUUGGCUCUUUGCCAGAGAAAAAGACUAAGUAAGCACAUUAACCUGUGUUUUUCAGAGGUGGUUAUGAAUCGGAUAUAGAUUGUGUUUUAAGAGCAGUGUUUAUGAUUGAAAUACAAAUAAUGGUUUCUAUAACUGAUUUUUCUGUAGUAGCUGAAACAUUUAAAAACAUGCUGUUAUCUGUUACUUACUAUAUAUGUUUUCUAUUUCUUUUAUAGGCUAUACAGUUAUUUCAGUUUUCACCCACUAAAUUAGUGGAAUACGUAGCCCAAAUGCCUGAGGGCACCCUCAGCAUAUUUGCAAUAUGUAUUUUAGUUAAUAAAAAUGGCAGAUUC